CUUGUACUUUAGUUAAUAACACGUAAUUACAAAGCAUGCAUUUGCAGGGUAGACACCAAGCGCUGCGGUAUACGCGCUCGCUUAGCUUUGAUAGAGGCCAUCGCUUCCAACGAGUUGUGACGAUCGCUGCUGGAGCCUCGCCCACAGCGCGACUGACUCAAACUGCUAGUAUGGAACAACAAAGCGCGGGUCCUACCCGCAAGCUUGAAAACCUGAACUUCGAUAACCUUACGUUGCGGUCGCUGCCAAUUGACCCUGUGGUCGGCGGCCCCAUCCGUCAAGUGGAGGGUGCCUGCUUCUCACGUGUGCAACCUACGCCUUUGGCCAACCCGCAACUGGUUGUGGCAUCCCCGGAGGCUUUGGCAUUGCUGGACAUCGACCCAUCGGAGAUCUCCCGGCCCGACUUCCCCGCCUUCUUCAGCGGCAACCGGCUGCUGCCCGGCUCCGAGCCCGCGGCGCACUGCUACUGCGGCUACCAGUUCGGGCUGUUCAGCGGGCAGCUGGGGGACGGAGCGGCCAUGUACCUGGGGGAGGUUGUCAACUCUGCGGGGGAGCGGUGGGAGCUGCAGCUCAAGGGGGCGGGCAAGACGCCGUACAGUCGCCAGGCGGACGGUCGCAAGGUGCUUCGCUCCUCCCUGCGCGAGUUCCUGUGCAGUGAGGCCAUGUACCAUCUGGGCAUUCCCACCACCCGCGCCGGCUCCUGCGUCACCUCCGACAGUCGGGUUGUCCGCGACGUGCACUACAGCGGGAACCCCAUCUUGGAGCGGUGCACGGUGGUGUCCCGCAUCGCGCCCACCUUCCUGCGCUUCGGCAGCUUCGAGAUAUUCAAACCCGUGGACCCAAUGACGGGUCGCCGAGGCUCCUCCGCCGGUCUGGAGUCGGCGCUGCUGCCCCCGCUGCUGCACCACGUCAUCCGCACCUACUUUCCCGACAUCUGGGCGGCGCAUGGCGGGGAGGUG